AUGACGGCUGCGGCUGCUGCGCAGCAGAAAACUCAGGAGCAAAUGAGGGCCAUGGUUGACGCCGAGAGAGCUACGAAUGCGGCUCGUUUCGCUGCAGAAAGCGCUGCACGACUUGCCACGGAGGAGUCCAAGAAGAAGGCCCGAGAAGCUGAGGCAGAGGUUCAGCGUACUCAAGCUGCUCUAGAAGGAGCUCAGAAAGCGGCAGAGGCUUUUAAGCAAAACGCCGAGCAGGCGGCAAGAAAGGCAGCUGAGAACAGUGUUCGCGAGGCUACAGCAGCCAAGGAAGACGCUGAAAAGCGGCUUAAAGAGGGCAUCCAGCCUGUAUUAACGCCCACUCCUCAAGAAAUUCUCGCUGCCCAAGCAAAAAUUCAGUAUCAGGAGAAUUUAUUCCAUUUCGCUGUUGCUGGGAGGGCCGGCGGAGGAAAGUCCUCACUCGUUAACGCAUUCCGCGGUAUGAGUAACCGUGCAGCUGGUGCCGCUCGGACAGGGGUCACAGAGACCACCUUGACGGUGGGAAGAUAUCCAGACCCUGAUGAGCGGUGCCAACAUGUCUGGUACGACCUUCCCGGAGCGGGGACCAUCAGGAUCCCGGAUUGGCAGUAUUUCAACGCGCAGGGACUCUACGUCUUUGAUUGCAUUGUCGUAUUGUUCGACAAUCGGUUCACCCACACCGACAUUGCUAUUCUCCUCAAUUGCAGGCGCUUCAAAAUCCCCACUUACAUCGUCCGCUCCAAAGCAGACCAACAUAUUCGAAAUAUUGUGAAGGAGAUGGGGUAUGAAAGUGACGAUGAAGACGCCGAUCGGUCGCAACGGUCAACCUUGUACAUGGCUGCGAGAGAGCAGCUCGUCGACGAAACUCGCCGCAAUGUGGAGGCAAACCUUGCGGAGGCGAAACUACCUGAUCAAAAGGUUUAUGUUGUCUCUAGUAGCUGUCUACGAGCUGUGGCCAAAGGCGAGCAGCCUUCAAGGGUCAUCGACGAAAUCCAACUACUGAGCGAUCUAUACACGGAAGCGCAAGCUAGGCGAGUCCGUCGCGAGUCAGGAGGGAUUCCUUCCUGAGGAACUGGUCUCGAGGAAGUAAUCGGUCGGCUUCAAAAGACUCGUGUUUAAAAUUUGGUGGA